CUUCAAGUCAACGACUCUCUGGCCACUUUGCUCACCGCGCUCGAAUCCGGUGACCCCCGAGAUGUUUUCCUGUCCAACAUAGCUGUAUCCUCUGUGCGGGUUUGGCCGUGGCGGGUGGGCAAAACCCGCUUUCUUCUCCUUACUCAAGGCAAAGAGGGCUUUGUUCUGCUCCGUACAUUAGUAGGGCGCUAUUUCUACGGGUAGCAAACCACGUUCUUACAUAUCGCAGUCCUUCCGUCACGUAUUCCGCGCUCAAGCCGUGGUUGAUGAGCUUGACGAACCCGUUUUGCUGGAAGGAAAGAAACAGCGACUUGCAAAACUCGACACGCUGCAGCUCAUCCCCGGAGUGAAAGUGUGACAAGUCGAGCGUAUCAAGCAGGUCCAUGAUGAGUACUGCGGCCGUCUGGUGAAGGGCCUCGAGGAGCCACCAUCUACGAUUCUUUCUUUAACUAACCUAUAAUACUGUGGGACCUGCCGUGGGAUCCAUGCCAGGACGGUGACAAGUGUGUGCCCACAGCGCGCGUACGAUGGGGCAAAGAGACCGGGUGGUACCACCCUCGAUGGCCCCAGUGCGUCGAUCAACCCCAGCCGACUAGGGAACUCAAAAAAAAAAAAAAAAAGAAGCACCCGUGUAUUCUGUCUACUGUCUAAUUGCACAUCGAACUCGGAGAAUCGAAAUCUCGAACACAAUGGCGGUCGCAGCGGUAGAUCUCCGCCGUCUUGAACGCGCGGGCCCUGCAGAACGCGAACGCAUCCUUCGCACGUUCGUCGAAUCGUGCGCCUCCCAGGGCUUCGUCAAGGUGACUGGCCAUGGGAUCCCCGCGGCGCAAUUGAAAGAGCUGUUUCGCUGGACGAGGGAGUUUUUCGACUUUCCUGCUGCUGUCAAGCAAACGGCACCGCGCCCACUCACCGGGCCGAAUAGAGGGUAUAUUGCAGUGGGAGGAGAGAAACUCUCUGGCAUUUCGGGGUACAUGAAAGGCGUUCGCGACCCGGUCAUGCACAACGACGUCAAGGAAUCGUUCGACGCCGGGCCUGCGUACGACCAAGUCCACCCCACCCCAUGGCCCGUCGGGCCUCGCUGCCAUGAGUUCCGGGACUUCAUGGAGGACUUUUUGGAGGAGUGUCUCAUGGUGCAUCAUGAGCUACUGCACCUGCUCGAAGAGGCCAUGGACCUGAGCCAUCACGAGCUGAUCUCGCGGUGCUCGGCAGGCAAUGGCGAGGUCCGCAUCACCCAUUACCCUCCAGUGCCCGUCGCACGGCUGAAGACCGGGUCAACGUAUCGCAUCUCCGAACACACCGACGUCGGUAUCCUGACGCUGCUGUUUCAGGACAGCGUGGGUGGUUUGGAGGUCGAGCGACAGGAUCACUCUGGCGAAUUUAUCCCCGUGGAAAGCUCCAGCGUCAAUGAAAUGAUUGUCAACUGUGGUGACACGCUCCAGAGAUGGACAGCCAACUACCUGCGGUCGGCCAAUCACCGAGUCACAUAUCCGCAAGGACUGAAGGAGGAUACGGACGUGGUGAUUCCUGCCCGGUAUUCCGUGGGCUUCUUUGGCAAGGCUGACAUGUCGGCCUCGAUGGCUGCGCUGCCCAAAUUUGCUUCCCGGUUGUCGCAGACUGCGAGGGAUACCGAGACCCGGACGGCACAAGAAUAUUACAACUACAUGCACGAGCGAACCGUGGCGGCCGCGUAGCGAGAUAGGACGGGUCAUCAAGGUCAUGAAUGCAGUCAUAUGAGAGAGAAGCCUGCUCUAGUGUCACAAUAUAUACCUAUAUCCACUUGCAAAUCAAACGAAGAAAAGAACACCCCCACACACAUAAACUAGAGCCGAGCCUUGCUAGUCGCCAAACACUCAUCAAACACUCGUAGCAUCCGCUGCACCGAUUCCUCGGUCAUUUGAUAGUGCACAACUAGCCUCCCUCCAUCCAGCUUGACCGCGUAUCUCGUUCCAACGCCCGCAAAAGCAUCGGCCGUAUAGCCGGCCGCCCGAAUGUUCAGCCAGACGAUAUUCGUCUCCACGGGUCGUACCAGUCUGCCCCCACGCCGCUGCCACUCGGUGCCCAGGCGUUUGGCCUGGCCGACAUGGCGACUCAAUGGGCAUGGCGAGUUCGCG